CUCUCGUUAUUUGUGCACUUCUUGACUGCCGUAUCCCGGCAGACUCCCGUUUUCCACAGUUACGAAGCAAGUUGUGAUUUAUAACGGCCACAGUGUUAUUACUUUAUUAAUUUACCCUACUAUUUAUAACGGUUCAUUUUAUCGGAUCGCUUACUCGGUUGUAAAAUGCCUUUCCAAUAUCCAGCCGUAUACCGCGACGAAUCGGUUGUGGAUGACUACCAUGGAGACAAGAUUCCGGACCCCUACAGCUGGCUGGAGGACCCGGACAGCGAAAAGACGCAGGCCUUUGUGAACGCCCAGAAUCAGCUGACCAUCCCAUUCCUGGAGGGCUGUAACGUCCGGGACCUGUUCAAGGAGCGCAUGACUGAGCUCUAUGACUACCCCAAAUACAGCUGUCCCUUCAAGAGAGGGAGCCGAUACUUCCACUUCUACAACACAGGCCUGCAGAACCAGAGUGUGAUGUAUGUCCAGCAGACUCUGGAGGCAGAGCCCACCAUCUUCCUGGACCCAAACACCUUCUCUGAGGAUGGCACGGUCGCUUUGAGAGGUUACGCGUUCUCGGAGGACGGUGAGUACUUGGCCUACGGGAUCAGCGCCAGCGGCUCGGACUGGGUGGAGAUCCGCUUCCUGCGGGUGGAGGGGGCGGAGGAGUUAAAGGACAGGCUGGAGCGGGUCAAGUUCAGCUGCAUGUCCUGGACCCAUGACGGCCGGGGCCUGUUCUACAACUCCUACCCCACCCAGGACGGCAAGAGCGACGGCACAGAAACGUCUACAAACCUACACCAGAAGCUGUACUACCACGUUUUGGGUACACCCCAGUCUCAGGACAUCCUGUGUGCGGAGUUCCCUGACCACCCCAAGUGGAUGAGUGGUGCUGAGGUGUCUGAUGACGGGCGCUAUGUGCUGCUGUCCAUCCAUGAGGGCUGUGACCCAGUGAACAGGCUGUGGUACUGCGACCUGCAGGCCAUCCCCAAGGGCAUCACCGGUCUGUUGCCGUGGGUGAAGCUGAUUGACAACUUUGACGCAGAGUACGAGUAUGUUACAAACGAGGGUUCCGUCUUCACGUUCAAGACAAACCUUUACGCCCCACGGUAUCGCCUCAUCACCAUUGACUUUGGCCAUCCUGACAUGGCCAACUGGAAGGAGCUGAUCCCACAACAUGACAAGGACGUCAUCGUGUUUGCCACCUGCUCAUACGCCACCUGUCUGUUCGUCUGCUUCCUGCACGACGUGAAGAACGUGCUGAAGAUGUAUCGGCUGGAGACAGGCGUGGAGCUGCGCACCUUUCCCCUGGACGUGGGGUCCGUGGUGGGCUUCACUGGCCGCAAGAAGGACUCAGAGAUCUUCUACUACUUCACCUCCUUUCUGUCCCCAGCCAUCAUCUAUCACUGUGACCUCACCAGGGAGCCGCUGGAGCCGCACGUGUUUCGGGAGGUGACGGUUAAAGGAUUCAACCCCGGGGACUACCAGACCACUCAGGUAUUUUACCCCAGUAAAGAUGGCACGCAGAUCCCCAUGUUUAUCGUUCACAAGAAGGGCAUUAAGCUGGAUGGAUCCCACCCUGCCUUUCUUUACGGAUAUGGGGGAUUCAAUAUCUCCAUCACACCCAGCUACAGUGUGUCUCGGCUCAUCUUUGUGAGGCACUUGGGUGGAGUUUUGGCAGUGGCCAAUAUCCGGGGAGGAGGAGAAUAUGGAGAAACCUGGCACAAAGGGGGUAUGUUGGCCAACAAGCAGAACUGCUUCACAGAUUUCCAGUGUGCGGCGGAAUACCUCAUCAAGGAAAACUACACGUCCCCCUCCAAGCUCACCAUCAACGGAGGCUCCAACGGGGGCCUACUCGUGGCGGCGUGUGUGAACCAGCGUCCGGACCUCUUCGGCUGUGCCGUGGCUCAGGUGGGGGUGAUGGACAUGCUCAAGUUCCACAAGUUCACCAUCGGCCACGCCUGGACCACUGACUUCGGCUGCUCCGACAGCAAGGAGCAGUACAACUGGCUAAUAAAGUAUUCCCCGCUGCACAACAUCCGGGUCCCGGAGGGCGACGGGGUCCAGUACCCGGCAGUGCUGCUGCUGACGGGUGACCAUGACGACCGGGUGGUUCCGCUGCACUCUCUGAAGUACAUCGCCACGCUGCAGCACAUGGUGGGCCGCUGCCCCAAGCAGAGCAACCCACUCUUCAUCUACAUCGACACUAAGUCUGGCCACGGGGCGGGCAAGCCCACCAGGGUCAUCCAGGAGGUGGCCGACACGUACGCCUUCAUAGCCCGCUGCCUGGACAUCCCCUGGCGCCAGUGAGAGCUGCGUCCUCUCUCCUCCGUUCUCCCUCCCUCCCUCCCCCCGUCCCCCUUUCCCUGUCUGGUUCUACCCCUCCGCCUACCUUCCGUCACAGAAACGGGACUGGGUUCACAGUGGGGAAAACGCUCGUCUAAUUGAAUAUUGGGUCACAUUAUAAAGUUGGGAGUUUUGCUUCGUGGCCGGGGCGGACUUGUCCCAGUUAGAGGGAAACGGGGCAGCCCAGAAGUGGGGCAGAGAUGGCGGCCCCCAGCAGGGACGCGUGAAGGGUACUCUAAUGAGGACCGCUUCCUGUGCCCGCCACUGUCUACACGCAGUUCAUUUCCUCUGUGCUUUUCGUGGCUCACGUCUUCCUAAUGUAAACGGUUUCAUUAUUCAUUAGAGCCCCCCGCCCUACCCCCUUCCCAGAGAUGUGUGUAUGUGAGAACACGCAUGUUACAGCCCGGUGCCGCGCCACGCACACUCCCAGCACCCGCUUCCCUGAGGCUCGGUGUCCGGGGAGCCGCCUGAGUUUGGAUGGUAUUUAUUUGUCGUUAAAAAAAAAAAAAAAAAAAGCACGGAAAACUUGUCGUGAAGCAAUUGUUUUAAGCUAAGAGGGGAGGCUAAGAGAGAGCUUUUAACACAUUGUUCUGGGUGUAUGUAUGUAUGUGCAGGUAUGUGUGUGUGCGUGUCUAUGUGCGCGUGCCUGUGUGUGCACCUAAGCGUGUUUUUCACGUGUGCGCACACACGUCCACAAUAUGGGUUCUGAUAAGGUUCUACCUCUUGACAAGCUGUUUGUUUACCUGUCAAAGGAAAAGCUACGCAACCACAAUAAAAAUAUUUCAUUUUGAACAACA